CUCCCUCUCGCCAUCUCCCAAUUGUGAGAAAUGAAAACAAUGUAGAGUAUUCCAAGGCCAGACCCGGUCUACAUGUAGAUAAAGUGCAGGUUUUCCCAGGCUAUAAGAAACAACAGCUAUUUCCUUCCCUCCAUUGCGCUCGUGCCGGACAUCGCAGCCAACGGGACGAGCAUCUCUCUGCUCCGUGCAGGACCGAGACAAAGCAUCGGCAAAGCAAAUCCCCCUCCCCCCCACCUCUAACCGCAGACAUGUCUCUGGGGCUGCUUGUGACACUUGCGCUGGUUGCUUGUCAUCCAGGAAAAGCGUCCGUCCUCCAUCCUUCACCUGAAGAACCAACGGAUGCUCAGUCUCCUCCGAUCGUCAGGGUGAACAGGUGCCUGGGAGAUCUACAUCAGAAGGUUCGCAGGGCCGUACUGGAUUCUCUGAACCUACAGAGCGAGCCACGCAUCUCCGUUCCCGGGAUGGUUCAGAUUCGAGAGCAGUGGAAAAGCGCCUUCAAAGCCACCAGAAACUCGAGCCCUGGAGAGCAAGACGGCAACACGCCACUACCAUCAUCCACUUCUGAGAAUUCAACCCAACUCCAGUGCUGCAAGUUGGCCUCACAGGUUUUUAUUAAAGACCUGGGCUGGGACGAGUGGAUCAUUUACCCUGAGAGCUUCACCUUUGUCCAGUGCACCGCAUGCGUCCCAGAGCUGAAUCAGCGCGUGUUUACCUGCAGAGAUGAUGACCCCGCGACACAGGAUCCUCCCUCACCGGCCCCAUGCUGCCAGGUGACCUCGCUCGACCCCGUGCCCUUCCUUUACCUGGAUGAAACCAGCUCCCUUUUCCUGAGCUCCGUCCCCCUCCCCCGCGAAUGCGGCUGCAGCCAUGACGACGGUGACCCCCGGGCCCUUCAACCGUGACACCAGCACCACCCGUACACGUGCCUCCCCUUACCUCUUUCACGUCACGCAGGUCUGUCGCCGUCAGGAUACUACAAUGAAAUUCCAAAAGUUUAACACUGAGCAGCUUUUUUAUCUUUACAUUUUUUUAUAACAAAUACAAAUAAAAAUCAUAUAUUGUGAGUGUCUGAUAUUUCACAGAGAUCUUUCCUUCGGUGGUCUUUCCCUUCGACGUUCCCCAAAGGGUCAAAUAGUUCACCUAAUAAAUCUCACUGAAAGUUUUAUUCACAUGACUGUUUUGCUUUUUUUUAUUAUUAUUAAAUAUGCAUAGCUUCAUAACUUCAUAGCCGGACUCUGGAAAGGGAUUAGAUAACAGCUACGGGGUGUUCCUUGCAAAAAUGUGGGCAGCGAAGCGAGUCUACCCGAGCCAGACGUCUCCCCGUGCGGGCCUCCCGGAUCUGAAUAAACAUCAUGACCCUAGUGUGUUAAGCGAGCGGUGCAGAAAAAAAGGGCAUAUUUUGUAUUUCAUGUCUUUCCACGUAGGUUUCAAGGCUGGCGUGCAGCUGUGCCCCGCUGUUGUUUUACUCUUCUUAGAAAAGGAGCACGUUCGGGACAUUUUGAUUAUUUAGUAUAUAUUUAAGAGCUUGUAGUUCUACAGCAGGUCCAUUUCGUCCCGUACCUGAGAUUAAAGCUGCGUCCUGUUUUUUUUAUUUCUUCCUUGUCAGUCCACCUUCCCUAAACUCACAUGGUCUUAUAAUUAUGGACUGUAUUAUAUACACUGACCGAGCACAUGCUGCACAUUCAUUCUUAUUUACACUGUGUUUUACUGCAUUAUUGCAUUACUGCAUGUUUUAUGCUUGUUUGCAAAUCACCAAAGCAAUAUCUACACCAGUAAUGUUUCACAUGUAUUUCACUAAAUAAAAGCUUCAUGCAAUAUUC